GACCACAUGCAUUAUUUUUGAACUGGCCCCCAGAAUCCAGCCUCUAGCCCUGCCUCUUAACUGUUUCUUGGAUUCAGCCUAGGUGGGCCCUCAUUCUCUCCUGCUCCUCGACUGCGACUGCAGCAGAGCAGUGGGCCGUAACCCCCACUCCAGAAACUGGUCUUCUCGUCCCCUGGAGGGCCCAGGAUGUCUUUGCCCUUUUAUCAGCGGUCCCAUCAGCACUAUGAUCUCAGUUACCGGAACAAGGACCUUCGCACCACCAUGAGCCACUACCAACAGGAGAAGAAGCGCUCUGCUGUCUACACCCAUGGCUCCACUGCCUACAGCAGCCGCUCCUCGGCAGCACGCCGCCAGGAGGCAGAGGCCUUCAGUCAAGCAUCAGCCACCUCCUACCAGCAGCAGGCCUCACAGGCCUACAGUCUUGGAGCAUCAUCAUCAUCCUGGCAUUCUCAAGGGUCUGAAGUCAGCCGGAAGACAGCCUCUGCAUAUGAUUACGGCUAUUCCCACGGACUUACAGAUUCCAGUCUAUUAGAAGAUUAUUCAUCCAAGUUGAGCCCCCAAACAAAGAGAGCCAAGCGGAGCCUUCUGUCUGGAGAGGAGACUGGAAGCUUGCCAGGCAACUACCUAGUGCCUAUCUACUCUGGACGGCAAGUGCACAUCGGUGGGAUCAGAGACUCGGAAGAAGAAAGAAUUAAAGAGGCCGCUGCUUAUAUCGCUCAGAAGACUCUCCUUGCGAGUGAGGAAGCUAUUGCGGCCUCCAAACAGACCACAGCCUCCAAACAGUCGACAGCUUCCAAACAGUCCACAACCUCCAAACAGACCACAUCCACCCUUCAACGAGAGGAAACGUUUGAAAAGAAGUCGAGGAACAUUGCAAUUCGAGAAAAGGCGGAAGAGCUGUCACUGAAGAAAACAUUAGAAGAGACCCAAACAUAUCACGGCAAGCUAAAUGAAGACCAUCUCCUUCAUGCUCCUGAGUUUAUCAUUAAACCUCGUUCUCACACAGUUUGGGAGAAGGAGAAUGUGAAGUUGCACUGCUCCGUAGCAGGGUGGCCAGAACCUCGUCUCACGUGGUAUAAGAACCAGGUGCCUAUAAAUGUCCAUGCAAACCCGGGAAAGUACAUCAUUGAAAGCCGAUACGGGAUGCACACUCUUGAGAUCAGCAAAUGUGACUUUGAAGACACGGCUCAGUACCGGGCCUCGGCGAUGAAUGUUCAAGGAGAGCUGUCAGCAUAUGCCUCAGUCGUAGUAAAGAGAUAUAAGGGAGAACUGGAUGAGUCUCUCCUCCGUGGUGGGGUUUCCAUGCCUCUCAGCUUUGCUGUGACCCCUUACGGUUAUGCAUCCAAGUUUGAGAUCCACUUCGAUGACAAGUUUGAUGUGUCUUUUGGGAGAGAAGGGGAGACCAUGAGUCUGGGCUGUCGCGUAGUCAUCACUCCUGAGAUAAAGCACUUUCAGCCCGAGGUCCAGUGGUAUAGAAACGGAGCACCUGUUUCUCCAUCAAAAUGGGUGCAGCCACACUGGAGUGGAGACCGGGCGACACUUACGUUCUCUCACCUCAACAAAGAAGAUGAAGGUCUCUACACGAUCCGCGUGCGGAUGGGAGAGUAUUAUGAACAGUACAGCGCUUACGUCUUUGUUCGAGUCCCUCAGGAGUCCCACGGAGGAGACAUGGAAAGCAAAGUGUCAUCUUCUCGCAGGUCUCAGAAACAGGAGGCUCCUGGAGGCCCUGUGCGACAGCACCAGGGGUCCAUGGCUCCAGAGUCCAAAGAUGCUGAUGCAGAGAUCGAAGGAGCUCCGGCUGCACCCUUGGAUGUGGUGUCUUUGGAUGCUAACAAGGAUUACAUCAUCAUCUCUUGGAAGCAGCCAGCUGUGGAUGGAGGGAGCCCUAUCCUGGGAUACUUUAUCGAUAAGUGUGAGGUGGGCACAGAUACCUGGUCUCAGUGCAAUGACACACCUGUGAAGUUUGCUCGCUUUCCAGUCACUGGCUUGAUAGAAGGCCGUUCCUACGUAUUCCGAGUCCGAGCUGUGAAUAAAACUGGAAUAGGCCUGCCAUCCCGAGUUUCUGAGCCUGUGGCUGCUUUGGAUCCAGCUGAGAAAGCUAGACUAAAAAGUCAUCCUUCAGCACCCUGGACUGGACAGAUCAUUGUCACCGAAGAGGAGCCUACAGAGGGUGUCAUUCCUGGGCCCCCCACAGACCUCUCUGUCACCGAGGCCACCCGGAGCUACGUAGUGCUGAGCUGGAAACCCCCUGGGCAGCGAGGCCAUGAGGGCAUUAUGUAUUUUGUAGAAAAGUGUGAUGUGGGAGCAGAAAACUGGCAGCGGGUCAACACAGAACUCCCAGUGAAGUCUCCUCGCUUUGCUCUGUUUGACCUGGUGGAGGGGAAGUCUUACCGCUUCCGUGUCCGCUGCUCAAAUUCAGCAGGAGUUGGUGAGCCCUCAGAAACAACUGAAGUGACCGUCGUAGGGGACAAACUUGAUAUACCUAAAGCCCCUGGCAAAAUCAUCCCAAGUAGAAAUACAGACACCUCAGUGGUGGUGUCUUGGGAGGAGUCCAGAGAUGCCAAAGAACUGGUUGGGUACUACAUCGAGGCCAGUGUUGUUGGCUCUGGCAAGUGGGAACCCUGCAAUAACAACCCGGUGAAGGGCUCACGAUUUACUUGUCAUGGACUGACGACUGCUCAGAGCUAUAUUUUCCGGGUCAGAGCAGUGAACGCAGCUGGACUUAGCGAAUACUCACAGGAUUCGGAAGCUAUUGAAGUCAAAGCUGCUAUCGGGGGAGGAGUGUCUCCAGAUGUGUGGCCUCAACUGAGUGAUACGCCUGGUGGACUAACAGACUCCAGGGGGGGCAUGAAUGGAGCCUCCCCACCAACCUCUCAGAAAGAUGCUUUGCUCAGUAGCAAACCUAAUAAGCCUUCAUCACCCAGUAGCCCUUCCAGCCGGGGCCAGAAAGAAGUAAGUACAGUGAGUGAGUCAGUUCAGGAGACGCUCAGCUCACCGCCCCAGGAGGCAGCUCCCGAGGAGGAGCAAAGUCAAUCCGAGCCCCAGAAAAAGAAGAAAGAUCCAGUAGCCGUGCCAUCUGCGCCCUAUGACAUCACUUGUCUUGAAAGUUUUCGGGACUCAAUGGUUCUUGGAUGGAAGCAGCCAGAUACGACCGGAGGGGCAGAGAUUACAGGAUAUUAUGUGAACUAUCGUGAGGUGAUUGGCGAGGUACCAGGAAAAUGGAGGGAAGCUAACAUCAAGGCCAUCAGCGAUGCAGCGUACAAGAUUAGCAACUUGAAGGAAAACACAGUGUACCAGUUCCAAGUGUCAGCAAUGAACAUUGCAGGGCUGGGAGCGCCCUCCACAGUGAGCGAGUGCUUCAAGUGUGAAGAGUGGACCAUUGCUGUUCCAGGACCACCACACAGUGUGAAGCUCAGUGAAGUCAGGAAGAACUCACUGGUUCUCCAGUGGAAGCCUCCAGUCUACUCAGGCCGGACUCCAGUCACGGGUUACUUUGUGGACCUGAAGGAAGCCAGUGCCAAAGAUGACCAGUGGCGAGGACUUAAUGAGGCAGCCAUUGUGAACAAGUACCUGAGGGUGCAAGGCCUCAAAGAGGGUACCAGCUACGUGUUCCGUGUACGUGCUGUCAACCAGGCAGGCGUUGGAAAGCCUUCAGACCUUGCUGGACCUGUUGUGGCUGAAACACGUCCAGGCACCAAAGAGGUUGUGGUGAGUGUGGAUGAUGACGGAGUCAUUUCCUUGAACUUUGAAUGUGAUCAGAUGACUCCCAAGUCAGAAUUCGUCUGGUCCAAAGAUUAUGUACCUACUGACGACUCUCCACGAUUAGAAGUCGAAAACAAAGGCAAUAAGACAAAAAUGACCUUUAAAGACCUCGGGACAGAUGACUUGGGCACCUAUUCUUGUGAUGUGACAGACACGGAUGGGAUAGCGUCAAGCUACCUGAUAGACGAGGAGGAAAUGAAACGUCUGCUUGCCCUCAGCCAGGAGCACAAGUUCCCGACUGUCCCUACUAAGUCUGAGUUGGCAGUUGAAAUUUUGGAGAAAGGUCAGGUCCGGUUUUGGAUGCAGGCUGAGAAGCUGUCUGGCAAUGCCAAAGUCAGCUACAUAUUUAACGAGAAGGAAAUUUUCGAGGGGCCGAAAUACAAGAUGCACAUAGACCGAAACACGGGCAUCAUUGAAAUGUUCAUGGAGAAGCUACAGGACGAGGAUGAAGGGACAUACACAUUCCAAAUUCAAGAUGGAAAAGCAACUGGCCAUUCUACUCUUGUUCUCAUUGGAGAUGUUUAUAAGAAGCUACAGAAAGAAGCUGAAUUCCAGCGACAAGAAUGGAUCAGGAAGCAAGGCCCACAUUUCGCUGAGUAUUUGAGCUGGGAAGUGACUGGUGAAUGUAACGUGCUGUUGAAAUGCAAGGUGGCAAAUAUUAAAAAAGAGACUCACAUUGUAUGGUACAAAGAUGAACGGGAGAUCUCCGUGGACGAGAAACAUGACUUUAAGGAUGGCAUUUGUACCCUGCUCAUCACAGAGUUUUCCAAGAAAGACGCUGGAUUUUAUGAAGUUAUCCUGAAAGAUGACCGAGGAAAAGAUAAGAGCAGAUUGAAGCUCGUGGAUGAAGCCUUCCAAGACUUGAUGACUGAAGUAUGCAAGAAGAUAGCGUUGUCUGCCACAGACCUGAAAAUCCAGAGCACAGCGGAGGGCAUCCGGCUAUACUCCUUUGUCUGUUAUUACCUGGAUGACUUGAAAGUUAACUGGUCCCACAAUGGCACUGGGAUUAAAUACACAGACAGAGUCAAGAGUGGAGUGACUGGGGAGCAGAUCUGGCUGCAGAUCAACGAGCCCACUCCAAAUGAUAAAGGGAAAUACGUGAUGGAGCUCUUUGACGGCAAGACUGGACACCAGAAGACAGUGGAUCUCUCUGGACAAGCAUUUGAUGAGGCCUUUGCUGAAUUCCAGAGGUUAAAACAAGCUGCCAUUGCUGAAAAAAAUCGGGCCCGGGUGUUAGGUGGUCUCCCUGAUGUUGUCACCAUUCAAGAGGGCAAGGCACUCAAUCUCACUUGCAAUGUGUGGGGUGACCCGCCCCCUGAGGUGUCCUGGCUGAAAAAUGAGAAGCCACUGACCUCUGACGACCACUGCAGCCUCAAGUUUGAGGCCGGGAAAACCGCCUUCUUCACCAUCUCAGGCGUGAGCACGGCAGACUCCGGCAAGUACGGGCUGGUGGUGAAGAACAAAUAUGGCUCGGAGACCAGCGACUUCACCGUUAGUGUGUUCAUCCCAGAGGAGGAAUUGAGGAAGGGAGCAACAGAGCCUCCCAAGGGCAACCAGAAGUCCAAGUGAGCAGAGACUGGGGGAGUUUUGAGGAGAGCCAGGACCAGCUGGCCAUAUCAUGCUGCUGUCGUGAAAAGGAUUGGGCUACAGACAAUGAAAUCCUCCUGGUGGCUCCGUUUUGUGCUGGCUUAGGAGGAAGUCAUCAGAUUUCUUAUUCCUAUAGAUGAGGAUGCACCAUUGAAGACCACAUUAAGGGUUUUAAUCUACAAUUUAUGUAGUAAGAAAACAUUAGGAAAUGAUUUCAAGGAAGAAAGGCAGAGGAUGUUGGAGAAGUGCUGAGCGAGAGCAGAAGUGAGGUCGGCUUGGAAGCCAGUGGAACUUUACCUCUUAGGAAUUGUGUCCAUACCUGAUGUUCUAUCAAAAUAGAGGCAUGUGGCUGUGGGCUUGAGUGUGGUGGGUCCCUGUUAGUAGAGAUGGUGCAUUUCUGAUAGCAGCCUUGUGAACUGGCCUCCCCCAGUGUGAAUAAAGUCUCCUGCCUUUCCUCUUU